AUGAAGCUCAUCACCAUUGCUGCAUCGACCCUCCUCGUGGGCCUUGCGUUGGCCACAUCGCCCCCCAAGCCUGAUGGCACGGACUGUCCUCACACCGGAAAGCCGCCCGUGAAGGAAUGCCCUCUGGGCCAACACCUGGAGUUUAACGCUUUCAAUCCUGGCGGCCCGCCCGUUUGCAUUCCUGACGGCGCGGUGCAGUAG